CUUAAACUAGACUAACAGACACUAACUCCAGCAUUGCUCUGUUAAAUUUGUGUGGUAAAUAAAACAAUGUUCCUGAGCUCGUUUGCCAAGCGGUAAUAAUUCUAAGAUAUCGCGUUGACGCCGAGAAAAAGGAAAUGUCUUCUAAGUAAAACUACCCCAUCCCGACAUGGAAACCAAUCACGUGAACAACCAGAAAGAGAGGUUGCAACUGAUCGAAACGUUGUUACCUAAAAUAAACAACAUCGCGCCGGAAGUUGACGUCAUUUUACCGGAUGUGAACAGUCAAUCGACUUUCGUCGACGAAAUCCUGCUGACCGAGGACACGUCGUGUGGCGUGUGGUUCAUGAAAGGGUCCUGUCUGCAAAAAUUUGCCAACAAGAAGGCGUACGUCUUCCUGUACGGCCUGUUAGGCUGCGUCUUUUCGGCUGCUUACGCGUAUUUUAAUGGAACCAUUACCACACUGGAAAAAAGGUUCAAGAUACCCAGCCGCACCACAGGUGUAAUCUCAGUGGGCAAUGAUUUGAGUCAACUGCUCGUCUCGGUUAUACUAAGCUACUACGCGGGAAGAGGUCACAGGCCCAGAUGGAUGGCACUGGGGAUGUACACCGUAGUGCUAUUCUGUCUUUUGACAGCUCUGCCUCAUUUCCUUUACGGCGCAGGCGCAGAUGCCCUUUCACUGACCCUAGAACACAGGACGAACGACAACGCUUCAGAAGAAGCACAUCUGAAACAACAGAGCAAGUUUCUAUGUCACGGUAAAAAUUCCACGACGUCGGAAUGCGAAAUGGAGGGAGGGAAUUACUCCCCACAGCUGAUAUUAUUCGCUGCACAGUUCAUUUCUGGUAUAGGAGGGUCUCUUUACUACACCCUUGGGGUAUCUUACAUGGACGAUAAUAUCAAGAAGUCGAAAACACCAGCGCUUUUCAGUUUUUCUUGCUUCAUUCGGAUGCUGGGACCUGCUCUAGGUUACGGCCUUGCUUCCGUUUGUCUCAAGCUGUACAUAAAUCCCACUCUGACACCGACCAUAGGCAAUCGAGAUCCGCGAUGGUUAGGCGCUUGGUGGUUAGGCUGGAUCAUCUUAGGGUUCGUACUUUUCAUUUUUUCUACACUAUUAGCCCUUUUUCCCAAGACCUUACCUAGAGCGGCAGUGAGGAAAGAACUGUUGAAACGCCAAGCCUCCAAAGUGUCUUCAACCAAAAUGGAACCUGAUCCUGAGUUGCCAACGUCUUUCAAAGAUAUGGUCAAGACGUUCAGAAGAAUCAUUCAGAACCCAACGCUGAUGCUGAACAACUUUGCUGCAGUGUUCUACUUCCUGGGCUAUAUGCCUUACUGGAUAUUUCUACCAAAGUACAUCGAAACUCAAUACAGGCAGUCCGCUUCGGCUUCAAGUCUAAUCACAGGGAGCGCUGGAUUGGUCUUUUCUGCAAUAGGAAUCUUGCUAUCUGGACUUAUCAUCUCAAAAUAUAAACCUAGAGCUAGAUACAUGGCAGCUUGGAAUGUACUAGUUGGAGCAAUAUCGGUGAUGGGAAUCAUUUCCUACGCCUACUUGGGGUGUACUGAAAAUGACAACAGGGCACCACUGCUACCGAAUGGAGAAAUGAAUCCGGUGUCUGAAUGCAACUCCCGCUGCCAUUGCGACUACGUAAAAUACAACCCGGUUUGCUCCCAAGACGGGAGAACCACUUUCAUAUCCGCUUGCCAUGCUGGUUGCAGAACUGUGAAGAAUAUCAACGAUACAAGCGUAUUCUCCGACUGCUCCUGUAUCAGCAACAGACAGUUCCACUCUGAAGGACAAACCGUUUUACAACCACCACCUUUGGAGGGAGGCACAGCGCAAUCGGGCAGCUGCCAAGUCGAUUGCUUGAACCAGUUCUACAUAUUCCUAGUCGUCGUUUGUCUUUUGAAGUUUAGUGGCGCUACUGGAAGAGCCUCCAAUUUCUUGGUCACGGUCAGGUGCGUAGAAGAAAAAGACAAAACCGUAGCCAUAGGCUUCGGAUUAACGCUGAUGAGCCUCUGUGCUUUUGUUCCCUCUCCUAUCCUAUUUGGCAUCAUAUUAGACAAAGCUUGCUUGGUGUGGGGGAAGACUUGCACUGGAAAUGGUAACUGCUGGUUAUACAACGGAGAAACCUUGAGGUACACCAUGAACUACACGGCAGCAACGUUUGUUUUGAUCGGUACCCUCUUCGACGCUGGCGUGUGGUACUGCGUUAAAGAACUGAAAAUAUUCGACGAGGAAAUCGAAUUGGGAGAAGAAGCGGAGUCCAGCUGAUAUUAUUUACUUUAUGUUAUAUAGAUUAGAUGUAAAUAAAAUACCAGUAUGUAUAUAAAUUUAAAAGCUUG